AUGGAUCCUCCUGAUUUGUGUGACAAGAGCACAUCACCCAGUGUUUCUCGAGAUGCUUCUGUUUAUCAAGAUAAGAGCAAUAUGUCUGUCUUGGAUAUUCCCAGUGCUAUUUCAGAAAAGCAGCUAAUGGUAAUUCUCCAGGGCCAAGGUAGGCUGGGUGAGGAAGUCUCUGGUGUAGAUAUUGAAGGGUAUAAGGAGGAGAAGGAGAAGGAGGAGGAAGAUGGAAAACCUAAGACUCCAGCCACAGAAGGUGAAGACAGAGAUGGUGAUCUUGCAGAUGAAGAGGAAGGAACUGUACAACAGCCCCAAGCCAGUGUCCUGUAUGAGGAUUUGCUCGUAUCUGAAGGAGAAGAUGAUGAGGAAGAUGCUGGGAAUGAUGAAGAAAAAGAUAACCCUUUCUUUGCUAUUCCACUAACUAGAAGUAGAAGUGACUCUGAUGUGGAAUCUGGAAGUAAAAGACACAAACAUCCUUGUGUGCUUCAAGAGAGUACAAGGAUGGGCAUGGAAAAUGAAGAAAACAUGAUGUUCUCUGAGGGAGAUGGUGAGGAAGCUUCCUGUGGUUUGGAGGAGAGCAACAUCAGGUAA